AUGUCAGAGACUCCUCGCCUGGAGGAGCAGGUUGCAGGCCAAGGCAAAGCAACAUGGCCUGGCUACUGGCCAUUCAGGCGCUGGUGGUCCCGUAAGCGGGGCUACUACAAUGUCCCACCGGCUGAAGAGGGAUUUGCCGCGGUGCUGCUGCAGAUUCUUUUGGGUGUGGACGACGCGGCAGAAGUGCUGGCAGAGCUGGGCAACCAGACAGAACGGGCAGCCUUCGAAGAGUGGCUCCAAGACUAUCUUGGUCCAGAUGCAACGAACAUCGUCGUGAGCUUCGGAGGUUCGGCCAGCCUCUUGCAGGUUGUCGCGCAGGCGGAAAUUGUCCCCAUGAACGUCAGCUUCGUUGCUACAUCUUCCCUGGCCUCCUCUCUCACGGAGUCAGGCGGCGUGGCCGAAGCGCUUCCAAAUGACGUCGUGACGGCGCUUCAAGAUUCUUUCCCAGGCACGGCAGGGAAGGUGAACAACGCGACCAUCCAAGAUGUGCAGGUCGAGGCCCAAGCCACAACGACGGAGGCCCAAGAGAACACGACGGAGGAGUCAACAACCAGCAACCUGACUUCCACAACCAGCACCGAUGCUUCUACGACGGUCACGGUGUUUAAUGUCCAACUGGAGCUGGACUUCCUGCUGGAGCUCGACAACGCCACGGCAACCGGGCUUCGACAGGAGCUUCUGCUCUGGGAUAGAUGUGGCCCCAGCACUGCUUCCCAGGCCACUGCGCUGGUCACCAACGCCACGGCCCAAGCAGCGCUCAAGGAAUGGUUUGCCGCCAAGGUGGGCAUCGACGACGGUAGCCUCAGCAACGUCAUCGCACGUUUCGUCGCUCUUUUCGCGGAGCAGUCGGAAGCGGAUGCAGCAGAGAGCCAGAUCCAAGGCGAUGAUCAGCUCGUGGCUGACUUCCUGCUGGCGACGGAAGCACUGUAUCCAGGCUUUGGGGACGCAGCGUCUAGGUGCGACGGUGCGCGUCCUCGAGGCGAGCAGUGGUGGAACGCCCCUGGAGGGAAGACAGAGCAUCUCAAUUAUCCGUCCAGAGGUGGCAGAUGGGUCUCUUCUGACGCGGCCUACCAUCGAAGCGGCUCGACCCUUGAGGCCCAAGCGACAACCACGACCACGACAACACCGUUGCCGCCAUCAAGUCGUCCCGGAAGGUCUUUGUUGAUCACGGCGGAGAGCGGCGUGUUCCUGUGUAAGAUUCCUGCCGUUGGCGCCAGCAGCUUGCCCAUGGACCCAAGCAACUCCAGCUUCUGCAAGACAGUGGGGCUGCCCAGCGACGCUGAGCAGAAUCCGCCUGCAGGCCUGAACAAGCCCUUCCGGUCCAUCCAGGCGGACAACGGCGACAUCAUUGUGGUGGACAAGAACAACGGCCGGAUUCAGCGAUGUCCCCUUGCCGGGCCUUGUUUCACGGUGGCCCCGGUGGGCAGUACGACCUUGAACGAGCCGCGUGCGGUGCAGCUGGACGAGGCCGGGAGGUACGUGAUUGCAGACUUCACCGGCGUGAAGCGGUGUGAUGCAACGAGCUGCGAGCAGUUGGGCCCUGCCCCCACCUUUCCCGAUCCGUUGGACCCUUCAUACUCCACGAGUGUGUUGGAUGGGGCGAAUGACGUGCGCCUGGAGGGUUCGGACCACUUCGUGACUUCCGCCGUGAACGGCAACGGAGUGCAGAAGUGCCAGGCGGUAGUGAACGGAACAUGCGACAUCAUCCUGAACAUGCAGCUGUCCUGUGCCGUCGUUGGGGAAGAUGGUUACUUCUUCUGUGACCCGUCCUUCUACGGCACCGAUGACAGCAUCAAGUUCUGCCGCUUUGAGGAUGUGCCGUGCCAAGGCAACGAUCUCACCAUUGUCGCUGGAGGUGAGCGUGGGAACGGCCCUACACAGAUGCGCGCUCCUGCCGACGUGCUUCUGGAUGAGACGGGCAGUUUCAUCGUGGCCGACUCUGGCUUUUCCGAGAACAACCGCAUUCAGCGAUGCCCGCCGCGGCAGGACCCCAACAUCGCCGAAGUUUGUGAGACCUUGUUCCAGGGCCCUGGCCUCUUCUACCCAACCGGCCUGGCCAUCCCAGCCAGUGCCACUACGGUCCAGGUGGCAGAUGCGAGCCUCUUUGCGGUCGGAGACACCGUUGCCUUUGCGGGCGGAGUCCCAGCCGUCGGCCUCUUGCAAGUCAGAGACACGCUUGCCUUGACAGGCUUGGUAGAGACUAAGAACGUGACUGCCGUCUCUGCCAACACUUUGACACUUGACUCGCCUCUGGCGAACAGCUACUCCAGCGACGCCACCAUCACUGUGGUCACGGCGCCCGUGACACCACCGGUGACAACCACGACCACGACAACACCGUUGCCGCCAUCAAGUCGUCCCGGAAGGUCUUUGUUGAUCACGGCGGAGAGCGGCGUGUUCCUGUGUAAGAUUCCUGCCGUUGGCGCCAGCGGCUUGCCCAUGGACCCAAGCAACUCCAGCUUCUGCAAGACAGUGGGGCUGCCCAGCGACGCUGAGCAGAAUCCGCCUGCAGGCCUGAACAAGCCCUUCCGGUCCAUCCAGGCGGACAACGGCGACAUCAUUGUGGUGGACAAGAACAACGGCCGGAUUCAGCGAUGUCCCCUUGCCGGGCCUUGUUUCACGGUGGCCCCGGUGGGCAGUACGACCUUGAACGAGCCGCGUGCGGUGCAGCUGGACGAGGCCGGGAGGUACGUGAUUGCAGACUUCACCGGUGUGAAGCGGUGUGAUGCAACGAGCUGCGAGCAGUUGGGCCCUGCCCCCACCUUUCCCGAUCCGUUU